AGCAGACUUGUUGUAAGGCCCCGGCCUUCCAGCAGAGGGCGGCAGCAGGCUCCCUGCGCUGCUUAUUGCUCAACGAAGAAGACGCACUUCCGCCGUUGCGCACUGUCAAGGAAAACGCUUGGUGCUGCGAGAUCAUCAGGAUGGCAGGCCGCCGUGUUGCCCUCAAAGCCAUUGACUGGGUGGCGUUUGCCGAGCGGGUGCCACCCAACCAGAAGGGCAUGUUCAACGCCUUGAAGACCCGCACCGACGCCAUCUCUGCUAAGUUGGCCUCCCUGCCAGAGACUCCUGCAGCCAUUGACUGGAGUUACUACAGGAAAGCAGUGGCUGCUCCUGGCAUGGUUGAUGAGUUUGAGAAGAAGUUCAAGGCCCUAAAGGUCCCUGAGCCUGCUGAUACACAAACAGCAGCCAUCAAUACACAGGAGUCCGAGGCUAAUCAAAGUGCAACAGUUUACGUUGAAGCAUCUAAGACCCGUAUCGCUCAGUAUGAGAAAGAGCUGGACAAGUUUAAGAACAUGAUCCCCUUCGACCAGAUGACUAUCGAGGACCUCAACGACGUCUUCCCCGAGACAAAGCUGGACAAGGUCAAGCAUCCCUACUGGCCACACAAGCCCAUCACCGAGCUGUAAUGGCAUCAGCUGACACUCAACUCACAAUAAAGAUUAUGUAUUUUAAUGAGAACCUUGUGAUGGUUUGAUUGUGUAAUACAUGUAAGAAGACAAGUUGUUUUGCCAACUCAAGAAGUCAACCUGUGUGUUGGUCUUUAUUUGAUCUAGAGAAUUUAAUAUGUGGAGCCCUGCACACACAGUCCUCCACUGAUUACACUUUGGUAAUGUGUGAGGCUUGAGCCACGAGGGGGCAGUGUAGGCAUAGCUUUACUUUGAAUAUGUCUUUGAAAGGUCAGCUGUGGAGUUAAUGGCUAAUUUUCUACUUUUCCACAUUUAAUAAUGCCAUCUGCAUUGAACAGGGAUUAACAUAUCUUGCUACUGUAAUAUGGAGAGUAAGACUUGGUGUCAAAUGAACUAAAUCAUGUAGCACGUGUAGAAUGGAGAGUGGAUCAAUCAUUUCGCUUAUCAAAGUGGGUUCUCUGAUUCAAUUAGCGACAGUUUUGAUAAGAUACAGUACUAAGGUAUGAUGAUGAAAAGAUGCAAUCAGUUUUCUCAAUGUAAUAAUAAAGCUUAGGUGAAAAAAAUGUUCUGCAUCAGAUAUUUAAUCAAAUUAGAAUAUAUUCCUUACCAAUAAAACUGAGAUUGAACCAC